CUAAGCGAAGAAAUCAAUAACUUAGACAUGUAACCCGCCUAUUUUAAGGCGUCAAGCAUCCCAAUGGAUAAUAUCCCAGUCUGUGACUUUUCCGCAUACACAUCAGACGGAAAUUUAGGUCAAGGACUGGAAAAGUCGUCCCAACCUAAAUAAAAGAUUAGUUUUCAUCACCAUCAGUUGUGAAAAUGUCGUUAAAGGCAUAUGAAGAUGCAUGUAUUCGGGCGGAACUGUUUGGGCAACCCAAGCCUGACAAAGACGAGUUUUUGGAAAAACAUAAACACUUGGAUAUAGUGGAAUUUGAAGAAGUGGAUAUCAAGACUACUAUCAGUGAGAAUACGGCUAUGCUAGAUGAAAAUAUCCAGCAAACUGGUAGUGGUCUCAACGAGUUAAAUUCUAUUUUAAAUUCUACGCAAACGAAAAUUAAUCGACUGAAGGGCGUCUGCGGUAGCUUAACAAAUUUCUUCCGCGUUAAACUAUCAGCAAAAGACAACUUAUCUUACUCCAGCGAACAGAGUUACGUCGGCCAAACAAACUACGACAAAGAUUCUGUCCCAGCCAGGACUGAACUUGGCUCUAUAAACCAAGACCUUGGUCCCGGUGACAACGAGAUGACGCCGCGCGCGGGAAAUUCACAAGAUGGCGGCAAUUUGAACAACGCGUUAGACGAUUUGAAAACUAUGCAGAAAAACGACUCCACGGCCGCGGCUUUUAAGGAAGCGGGAGCUAUGGUGAAGGGCCUGUUCAGCCGAGAGACCCUACGAUGAAGAUACCAGAUGGAAGAUUAGAAGGUAAAGGUAUGGAUGUCGACGACCGAUCGUAAGACCAGGCAGAUCGUGAAAUUCCUAGGCAUAUCGCUAAACGUGAAAAUCUUUGUCUUGCUCCCUGAGUCGACAGAGUCCUAUUUUUUAGAGUUUGCCUUUCGGGCAACCUAACGAACCUAUCCUACCACCUAUCUAUUGGUUUAAUAUGACUACCGUCAAAACAUUACACAGGAACAUUACGAUUUGCCUGAUUUUACGAUCGGCCGCCGACAUGGACAUAUUGUAUCUGUGCGCCUAGAUUUGUCGGAUGCGCCGCGAAUACCCCCGCGCCUUAUAUGAGUCAGUCGCACUGCACGUACGUGAUACAAUUUUGCAAUAGGAUAAAGAGUGCCAAGUUAAAGAAAAUGUGAAUACACUUCUUGACAAUAUUACAGUUAAUUAAACAUGUAUAUAAAUAAUUAUACCUACUAAUCUUUAAUCUUGAAUGUUCUAGAAUCUUGUUACCCUUGUAUCUGCUUGUCUAUUGCUAAAUUUCGCUUUUCUUCCAUGUUGUUGAAUCCUUUAUAACUAAGCAUUUUAUUUACCUAUAUAGUUAUGGAAAUGACAUAAUCAAAACAUGCAAUAAAUCUAAU